GCCUGGGAAAGCACACCAUGGCAUCUGAGAAGUGAACUGUGGCAGUUUUUCUGCUUCAGCUGUGCUGUGAUGGCUGCGGCUUCUACGGCAAGGUCCUCGUGUGGCCCUGUGAUAUGAGUCACUAGCUGAACCUAAAGACAAAUCUUGAGGAGCUUGUGCAAAGGGGGCAUGAGGUGACAGUGCUGAAAUUCCCCAGUAUCAUCAUGGAUCAGCACAAACACUCUGCACUGCACUUUGAGAACAUCCCUGUGUCACAAGAGAAGGACAUUGCCGAGAACUAUUUAAACGAGCUAGUAAAUGUAGCUCUGAAUAUCAUUCCAAACUUGUCACUUUGGCAAGGAGCAAAAACAUUGCAAGAUUUCUUUAUUCAACUGACUGCAGUUUUUGAAAGUCUCUGUAGGAGUACAUUGUACAACCAGACAUUCAUGAACAAGCUCCGGGAUGCAAAAUACGACUUGAUGGUCAUAGACCCCGUCAUUCCCUGUGGAGAGCUUGUGGCCGAGGUGCUUCAGGUCCCUUUUGUGAACACUCUGAGAUUCAGCAUGGGAUCUAUCCCGGAGAAAUACUGUGGCCACCUUCCAAUUCCGCUCUCCUAUGUACCCGUUGUCAUGAGUGAACUAUCAGACCAAAUGACCUUCCCAGAAAGGGUGAAAAAUGUGAUGCUGUCACUGUUUUUUGAAUUUGGGCUCCAGCAAUAUGACUUUGCAUUCUGGGAUCAGUUUUACAGUGAAACACUAGGAAGACCCAACACAUUCUGUGAGACCAUUGGGAAAGCUGAGAUUUGGCUAAUUUGGACAUAUUGGGUCUUUGAAUUCCCUCGUCCAUAUUUACCAAAUUUUGAGUUUGUGGGAGGACUGCACUGCAAACCUGCCAAGCCUUUACCUAAGGAAAUGGAAGAAUUUGUCCAGAGCUCAGGGGAACAUGGUGUUGUGGUGUUUUCUCUGGGGUCGAUGGUCAAAAACCUGACAGAAGACAAAGCCAAUCUCAUAGCCUCAGCCCUUGCCCAGAUUCCUCAGAAGGUUUUGUGGAGAUACUCAGGCAAGAAGUCAGCCACUUUAGGAUCCAACACGCGGCUUUUUAACUGGAUUCCCCAGAAUGAUCUACUUGGGCAUCCUAAAACCAAAGCCUUCAUCACGCAUGGUGGAACGAAUGGAUAUGAGGCUAUUUACCACGGGAUCCCUAUGGUGGGAGUCCCCAUAUUUGCUGAUCAGCCUGACAACAUUGCUCACACGAAGGCCAAAGGAGCAGCCUUGAAAGUAAAUUUCAACACAAUGACAAGUGCAGAUUUACUCAGCGCCUUGAGAGCUGUCAUUAAUGAGCCUUCUUAUAAAGAAAAUGCCAUGAGGCUUUUGAGAAUUCACCAUGAACAGCCUGUGAAGCCCCUGGACCGAGCUGUCUUCUGGAUUGAGUUUGUUAUGCGCCACAAAGGGGCCAAGCACCUUCGUGUGGCAGCCCACAACCUCAGCUGGCUCCAGUAUCACUCGCUGGAUGUGACUGGGUUUCUCCUGGUCUGUGUUGUAACUCUGGCAUUCAUCAUCACUAAAUGCUGUUUGUUUACUUGUCGAAAAUUAUGUUCGUCAGAAAAGAAGAAACAGAGAAACAGGAAAAAAAGAACUAGGUCUUUCUAGGUUUGAGAAAGUCCUGAAUGAUAGUUAUAUCAAUUCUAGCCACAAGGAACUUGCAUUCAUCUGCUUUUAUACUAUUUUCAAGUAUCCUGUUCUUUUUUGACAAAAUAUCACGUUAGAUGUUAGGUUUACUUCAUCUGCUCACCCUUUUUGGUUGUCAUUUAGUAGGCCGUCUUAUCAUUCUCUGCUUACUGUCCUUCGAUAUGAAAACGGUUAUUUCUAAACAUGUUCUAUAGAAAUCAAGUGAUGACUUAUAGUAUGUAAUUGAUAUAUGUCACAAACCAAUCAUAUUAUCUAAGAAUGAUCACAGGAAUUUAGUGUGUUAUGAGAAGAUACUUUUCUAAUAAAAAUGAACUUUUCUAUUUC